AUCGCGGCUACUUCUCUCAGUUCGCGACAUAAUCUCAGUAGGCGAGGUGCAAAACCCUCCCCACCCGUUAAACCAUCCCCAACGAGUGUGAGUGUAAGCACGGUGGAGAUGGGGUUAACUCCAUAUACGAAAGUUGAAACCUCUUCAAAGAGGAUCUGAAUUUUUUAGAUGUGCGCCUACCACACCUACCCCUGUAGCCGGGGGUCGCGCGGUUUGACCAGUAAUGGAGAGGAUCCGGUAUAUUAUUGCAUUAGCCCUGCAAAUCACCAUCAAAAGGAAGUUCUGUCUUCUAAACCCAGUCAACAUUUAGUUAAAGUAUCUUCCCGAAAUGGACCAUUAACAUCAAAGGCUUCAUUAACGUACUUAAAGUCUGUUCAUAGUAACAAAGACUACUCUUCGUCAGAAUAUGGGUCAUCGCAUUUACAUCAUACAAGCAGUUCAUCGAAUAAGCUUAUGAGCACUUCUUGCCAUAACGGCGUCUCCAGGACUUCAUUAAUCCACACAGAUUUGCCAUUACUAGAGACAAGUAAAUCGUCUUCCAAAGUGAAUUUGAACCAUUACCAGAGUAAAACAGCAACCACGCCAAUGUCUCCCAUGGUGGAUACUUUUCCGGCUAUUAACAACAAUUCUACGCGCAGUUCGCACGAACUUAGCAAUAACAAUAAAGAGGAAAACGGUUUCCCUAUGACGCCACCAGAGGCAUUACGUAUAUAUGGAAAUCGACUAUCUGACUACGAAAAGACUGAGAUAGAAAAAUUUUCGAAAAUUUGGUAUCUGGGACUAUCUGCUUGUAAAAUACAUGGUGAACACGGAGGAAGCCAAAAUGGAGGAUUCGACGAUGACAGUGGAAGUUAUAACAAAGUAUUGCAUGAUCAUAUUGGAUACCGCUAUGAAAUUCUCGAAGUAAUAGGCAAAGGCAGCUUCGGUCAAGUAAUUAGAGCAUUGGAUCACAUGACCAAUAAACACGUGGCUAUCAAGAUAAUAAGAAACAAGAAAAGAUUCCACCAUCAAGCCCUUGUGGAAGUUCGAAUUUUAGAUCAUUUGAGGAAAAAGGACAAGGAUUGCAAUCACAACGUCAUCCAUAUGUUGGAAUAUUUUUACUUCAGAAAUCAUUUGUGUAUCAGCUUCGAGUUGCUCAGUCUUAACCUAUACGAAUUGAUAAAGAAAAACAAUUACCAAGGAUUUAGUCUGAAUUUAAUUAGAAGAUUCGCCAACUCGCUCCUUAAAUGCCUAAGGUUGUUGCAGAAAGAAAAUAUCAUCCAUUGUGAUCUAAAACCGGAAAACGUUUUAUUGAAACAACGAGGCAGCAGCUCCAUUAAAGUUAUAGAUUUCGGAAGCUCCUGUUAUUCGAACCAAAGGGUCUAUACUUAUAUACAAUCCAGAUUCUAUAGAUCGCCAGAAGUUAUUCUGGGAUUAACAUACGGUACUGCCAUUGAUAUGUGGAGUUUAGGUUGCAUUCUAGCUGAACUCUACACAGGAUAUCCAUUAUUUCCUGGAGAAAAUGAAAUCGAACAACUUGCCUGUCUGAUGGAAGUUUUAGGACCACCACCUGACGAUCUGAUCUACGUUGCUACAAGAAGAAGACUAUUUUUUGAUUCUCGUGGAAAUCCACGUUGUACAACAAAUUCCAAAGGCAGGAAACGAAAGCCCGGUUCGAAAAACUUGGCAAUGGUUUUGAGAUGUAACGAUCCGAUGUUCAUCGAUUUAAUAUCCAAAUGUCUAGAAUGGAACCCUAAGAAGCGUUUGGCUCCUGACGAAGCUUUGCGCCACCCUUGGGUCACCGCGGGAUCCCAUACGUCAAAAUCCGGAGAAUUGCGUCACAGUCACUCAGAAGUGAACGUUUCGCACGACAGUCAUUCUUCGAGCAGUACUUCCGGCAGUAGCCAUUCGAGAAGUCACUAUAAAUGCGUUGUUCAAAAAGGUGAUAAAGUCAAGGCCAAAAUAGUAGAAACUAGAUUACAUGAUAGCGUCACCAAACUGGAUUCGAAUUUGAACGACUCCGGUACAUUUCUUCCACCUAUACUUUAGUUGAUAUCAUUGACAAGAUUUUAUAAAUUAAGGGGAAAUAUGUAGGUUUACUGUGUGUUAGUUGAAGAGAGAUUUUUUUAAAUUGAUAUUUCAAACGAGGUACUAAACGAUACGUUAUUCUUAAUUAUUAUGGACCAAAUCGCCAAAAAAGCGUACUAAUAUCAUGAUUUCGAAUUUUUCGUAAAUACAGAAUAAUAAAAAAUAUCUGUAGUUAUUCCAAGUAGAAGAUAACGGAAAAUAACAGAUUAUUUCAUUGAAGAAAUCACAUUAUGAAUACCAAACUAUCCAACAUGAAAUACUCGCUUAAUUUUUCUUUGUAGGUAGAUAUGAUUUUGUAAAUAUAUCUGUUCACUGAUUUGAUGAAACAUAUUUAAUAAAAUAUAAUUCAACAAAUGAGUCUAAUCGUCACUCAACGUAUGUUUCAUUGUGCAUCAUUUACGUCAAUAAAGAUGACACCAAAACUUGCUUUCCGUUCGGAAGGUGCAAUUUUUUAUCGUCAUCGAAACAGUGGAUGUAUCGACAUAAUAGUAUAUGUUUCUUAAGCACAUUUGAAAAACUCAUUAGUGGUUAUAAGUCACAAAUCGCAAGGACAAUGUUGAUCUCAAGCUUUCAAUUUUAUCAGCUUAAACCAAUGACCCUACGUGGCCUCAUAGGAAAUAAUCGAGAAGUGUGAAAUCUCACGGCCUUGGAAACCAAUAGACAAGUUCAUUCCCCGAAACCAACUAAUUGCCAAAUUUUAAUUUCAAUAAGUCGGUUUCAAACAGAAAAUUAAUUGAUCAGGUUCUGAUAACGAUUUCCAUCGAUUCGGCUUUAUUUUUGAAGAAAUAAAGUUCAAUACAAGUUUGUGAACAGCAUCAAACGGUGAAUUUUUCUGAAUAUAACAUGGGUUUAUAGGGUUUGUGGUAAUUUGCUGUUAUUUUCUUCAUUAACAAACCCGUUGAGCUAAAAAUGAGCCUCAUGGUUCUAAUGCCUGUUAUAAGAAUGCAAACCAAGGAAAAAAAGGCCUCAAGUCCUGCAACCAACGACGAAUAAUAAUAAGUUUGAGCCUUCAUGUUGUCGUUUACGUUAUUCUCUUUAGUACUCACAUUCCUUCGACUUGUUAUUGCAUAAUUUAGAGAGUAUGUGAUAUAAAUUAUAUCCACAACUCGAAAAUUAAGUUGCGCGAUUUGAUAAUUAUUUUUCUAAAGUAAAUCUGAAGAUUUAGCAGCAUCAUUUAAAGGUCAAUAUGCAAGAGUAAGUUACAUGAAGAUUAAGUUUUUCUAGACCCCACUGUAAUUGUUUGUUACUUGAUUGCUCAGUUAAGGAAACGCCCAUGGAGCAAAAUAACAUGUGGGAUAAAUGGUUCUGAUGUGGACCACAUUUUAACACUUUGACUGCCGACGUGGAUUUCGAAAUCGACCAUCAGAGUCAAAACUUUUUUCUGUUUAUAAUUAUACUGUACAACAAUUUACUUUGUUUAGUAUGCUUUUUUGAAUAUUAUAUAAUUUCGAAAAGAAAAUAGAUUUUAAUGUAUUCUCGAAGAAAAUGCACGAAAUAAUUGUAUAUUUUUCAUAAAACUGAUUUUUUUGCCGCAACUAAAUAACGCAAAGUCUGCUUGCUUUGUAUAACUUGGUCUGAUGUAGAUAAUAAAGUAUUUAUAUACUUGAAUAUAUGUAUAUAUUCAGGUAUACACAUGGAAGUCAAAGUGUUACUUGUAAAUGUCUAUUCACAAUCCAGAAUACAUAUUACAAAUAAAACGAAAUUAUUUCACUUUUUUGAGUAUAAUAGUGAACUAUGUAACUUCUUAACUUACAUGUUACAUCAAAACCGUACUGUAGUCUUAUAAAACCAGCCUUACAACACAGUUCAAACAAUAUAAGCUUUACCAUACGAAAAUUUUAGUCCUUACUCGACAAUAUCAUAAAAUGAUUUUGUUUAUACUAACGAUAUGAUCCUGACAAUUUAUCUUUUGCAUUUCUAUCCUACUGUAGAGGAUUAUUGUAAUAGUGAAACUAUUUUCCUAAAUGAUAAUCAAAUUGGUCUGGAUCAUCGAUUAAUGACAUUUAUAACCAACACAUUAAACACUAUUUGAUAUUUAUAUAUAUUCUAUCUAUUUCAUCUUUGGACUAAUUUAGCCUAUGAAAAUCAUUUUGAAAACAAUUCAUUCGAAAAUGAAAUGAAAAUAUAUCCAGUUGAUAUUCAUAUACACAUGUGUGUGUGCAUCUUUUUAUACUUAACACCGUUUUCUAGUUAGUGAUAGACAUCUGCUGAAAAGGAAAAUUGUUGUGACUGAUUUAGCCUAAAUAUUAUAUAUCGUAGAAAUUGUUGGCCAAAAUAAAAUAUCUACUAGUUUAUCUUUAGUUAGAGUAAAUAUAUCAGUACUCUUUUUAAGUACUUUCAGCUUGAUUAUAAAUAUGUUUUGUCAUUUUGCUAUCGAAUUUCAAUAUUAACUGUGAUUAUUAAAUAAAAAGUAGCUUCAAAAUUUUAUAAAAAAUAAGUUGAGAUGUUUUUAAAGUUUAUCGAAUAGUUUGGUUCUAACUAAAGAAAAAUAUCGAAAAUAAAAACAAACAAUAAAAAAAUAGACCAAGAAAAAGUACUUAGUCGAAAAUGUACCUAAGUACCUAAAUAAAUACUGAAGUCAAAUUUUAAUAAUUUAAAAUAAUAUUUCACUAAUAAAUGAAUUUUUGUUGAGUUUUAAAGGACAAGAAAAAGAGCUCCAAAAAGAAAAGGUUCCGAUUAGAUUCUGACAAGCUUUGGUAGUUUCUAAUUUUGGUUAAACUUUAUUUCAAUCUACUGUCAUAUAAACAAGAAGAUAUUCAUCGAUUCCAAAUACUUUAUAUAUAUGAUUGAUGGGGUGACGAUUAACUGAAAAUUGAAAUUUAUAUUGUCCCCCUCCUCCACACUAGUAGUUCAUGUAUUCCUAAUUAUUUGCUAAGCUUCUGGAAAGCUUUCCUAUUCUAUACAGUAACUGUAGUGCUUUGCAUACGGCAGGUAUGAACAUGAAUGUUCACUCUUCUCACUCUCAGAAUCUGCAGUCUUCUCUCUCCACCAAUUUGAUAUUCUAAAGGUGUCCAUUCAGGCAGCAAUGUCCUAAAACAACCUGACUAAUGCAUUCUUCCGGUAUCUUCUAUCCAUAGAUCAUCCAAUCUUUGUUUGUUUCUUUUUUAUCAAUUCCUUUAAAUAUUCUGGUGAUGAUGAUUCCACAGAGCUCUGAAACCCAGUAGGGUGUUUGAACUUAUUUUUGGUAUCCAGAACAGAACAGCAGUUAUUAUUCUCUACCUUCUUUAUUUUUUAUAGAUGUUGAACUGGACGCAGCUUUUAAUUACGUAGUUUCUGCUUGGAGAGUGGGAUUUCUUUCAAGUUCUCAAAGUAAUUUCUUUUGCAGUUCAUUUCUUUUUCUUUUCCGGUCAAAUAAUGCUGUUUUGAUACCACUCUUUUCUGUUAUUGUAUGCUUUACAUGGAUUCUGAUAUUAUCCUCACUGAAUCCUAUUAAUUUUCUUAGAAGGGGGUUACUUUUUUCCGAGAAUUCCCUUUCUAUUCAGUCUAUUUCAUAUUCUUUCUGAUCCACUUUCAACCACUUAUACAGUGAGUUGGUUUUUGUACAACAACCAAACAUUACUCAAUGUUGCUAGAAUGUUUCUUCAAUAUUUUUUUAAAUAUUAAAUAUAAAUGUGGAUCAUCUUAUUCCCUAAUUAACUAAUUGAUGACUAAUAGAUAAUAGAUUCAAGUCAAAUUGAAUUUGGUAUGAUCAAAAAUUUCGGUAUUUUUCUGCUAGUUCCUUUUGCAGCUUAAGAAUAUUGUAUAACCCUGUUACUUAAUUAAAUUUUGGAAAUUGAAGUAUCAACUUGAUGAAUGUUAUUCAAAUAUGUCACCAAAGUAAGAAUUCAUGAGACAAGUCAGAUUUUUAUUCACGGACUGCGAUUGUGAUUUUUUGGAAAUAUUUGUAAAUACUAAAAUUUCUAGAAAUAGUUAAAAAUAUGAAUAUAUUUAAACCCUCAAAUAUAAAAUAUAUACUUCUCUGUAGAAAAUCAAAUAAAUUGAAUGGAAUAAAAAACCUGAAAAACAAAUAUGAACAAUACAUUUAUCAAAUUGAAUAGAUACAUUAAAAUGAGACUGAAAAAUAAUUAUAGAGACAUCAAUUGGCUAAACUAUGUUUAUAAGCAAUAAUUUAACAGCAGUAAUUAAUAAAAAUGAGUUUUCAAUGUCAGCAUUUUUCCAUUUUCUCCCAAUUUCUCCAAAUUAUAAAACCAUAACGUGUGUCUACCUUAAUUUUUAAAACAUUAUUUUUCCUUUGAAAUCGUACAAGCAAUGUGAAAUGGUUAAAAGCAGAUUCUUAGAAAAAAAAACUAAUACAACAAAAAUAUAGAAAAUACAAAUGAAAAACUUUGAUUGAUAAAAUAGAGUUGGAUGCGUCCAUGAAUUUGGCUGGUGUACAAAUAUUGCAUGUCCAAAGUUGUUGUUCAUUUUUUGAUUGUUUAAAAUUGUUAAUUUUAUACUAGAUUUGGAAUUUUGCAAACUUUUGCAAGAUCUUAUUUUCACUUACUAUUGGAUGAAUGCUUACAAGUGCUAAAAAAUCGAAUAGAUAUCAUUUAAACCGUACAUUUGGCAACAUAGUCACGUUAGGUAGUACACAAAAAGUUCGAAAAACUUUAUUGGUUAUACCUAGUACAAAGCAAAGGAAACUCACAUUAUCUUUCUAUUAAAUUCUUUUCAAUUGAUUUUAAAAAUGAAUUGAAAAAAGACCAAAUGAAAUGAUUGAACUGCAAUAAAAGUUUUGGUUAAUACCAACUGAAAUUCAGUCUUUAGCUAAGUCCUUUCGGUUUCCUGGACGAAAUCUACAUUUGUGCAGCUCUCCCGAUUGGUAUACCUUAAGGUAUAUUUCAUCAUAUUCAUGUUAAUACUUUGUACCUUUGUACAAAUUUCCAGUCUAGUGAAAAUCCAAUUUCACUUAUUACUUACCAUCAUAUACUGUAUUUUAAAAACAAAUUGUAGGAUUGAAACAGUUCUACAGCAGUAGUGAGCAUUAUUUUUGAAAAUUUGAUAAAACUAAUGAAAAUUCAUGGACCUUAAGUUAGGUAUUUAUGGUGACUUGAUAAAAGACAACAAUCAUCUUACUUUGGUGUCAUAUUUGUAUUUAUCCAAGUGUUGUUAAAUAAUAUUUGAAUAAAGAUUAUAAAAGCUUCAUUAGCAACUAUAUUUACUAACUUUUGAUUGAUAAUUAGCUUUUUUGCAGUCGCAAAUUAGAUUUAAAUGCUUGCCAAAAAGGUUAAUAUUUAACAAUGAGCUUGAAUACCCAGUAAAUAAUGGAUUUGGUUUUGUGCAUAUGAAAUUAAAUGUGUAGUGUUGGAUGAUAUGACUGUUUUUAUUCAAACCUACAUGUUCAUUAGUAAUAGGUCUUUAUUAUUAAACAAAUUUUUAUUUAUAUAUCAUAACUUUUUUAUACCUAGAAAUAUUUUUAGCAUGUACAUUUUUUCCAAACUUUAUUUAGUAGAAUAGUUUAAACAAUGUGUAUUACUGUUCAUUUACCAAAAUUGAGGGUGUGGAAAAGGAAAUAAGUUGUAUCAUAUUCUGGUUUUACAGAAAUAAUGAAAAAACUAAUCAUUUCUCUAACCAAAAACACCCUGAAUAUUGGUACACUUAACAAGAUGUAAAUCCCAAUGUGAUAUAUAUUGAUAAUAUUAUAAAAGUUUAAUAGAUAUUUAGGCUCCCUGGUCUAGAAUUAUAGGCACUCAAAAUUUGUGGAUGAGCGGGAAUAUUUCCUAAAAUAUUGAUUGAAUAAUUUGUUAAAUACUUUUUUGUAGCCUGAUUUCAAUAACUUCAAUUUGAAAUCCAAAAGGUAUUGCAUGAUACAAACAAACAAUAUUAUCAAAUCAUCUUUUUCUCUUAAAAUAUGUUUUGAUGUAUAAGACGAUUUUUAUUCAAAGUAGAAAGGCUAUAAAUUAAAGUAUAACUAAAUCUUAUCAAUUCACAUUUUUUGUUCUUUUCACAGAGUGAUGAUAAUUUUGAAAAAUACAAAUAAAUUUUUUUUAACAACACAACUACUUUUCUAUUAACUUCAUUUUAAACCCAUAUUAUCUUUUAUUCGCCUAAAAUGAUACCUGCUGAAGUGAUUCACAAAUACAUUUGAAUACAGUGUAGUAUUUAUAGAAGAUGACAAAAAUACCCCCUAGCAAACAAAAUGCCACAUACAUUGAGCAUUUAAAACAACAGAAACAACAAUUUAGAGAGCGAAAUGUGAACAAAUCAGAAAUAUAUCAAGUAGUAGGAGAAAGGGAACAUGAAAAAUAUGGAAUCGUAUGAAGGAUUUUACGAGAGAAACCGAUAAAAAGAUCCUUCUCACCAGUAGCUCAACAGUAUAACAACAUUAUUGUAAAGCUAAUGAAUAUUCUUAGAUGAAUCUUCUUCUUUUGAAUGAUUUUCUUAUAAUGUCGUUCUGGAGUGUUAUUGUCCAUCAUGUAGUCAGUCUCUUCUUAUCGAUCAUAAUGAAAUCCGUUGUGUUACUUUUUUUAUUAUAUCUCUGAUCUUGUGUCCAGUAUGAGUCUUUGUACUUUGGAAGCUGUUCCGACUAAGGAAUGUUUCAGCUCGGUUCUGCGCAUUCUCAAGCAUGCGCAGUAUAGAUAAAGUGUCUUGAACGAGAUGAAAAUUAAUAUUGUCGGCACUUUAUCGUAGGGACGUUUUUCCCAUACCAACUGUCCAUAUACGAGCAUUAAAUAUAUGGUUGUAGCUCGUUUCAACUAAUUCUUCUUCUUUUUUAUUUAUUACUAUAUAUUUGGCUUCUUUAGCUUUUCGCUUAGAUAUUGAAAAACCACAAUAAUAGCGACAAUAAUUCUUAAAUGAAUAUAUAAAAUUGUUAGAUCGUUACAACUUAUAAUAAUUAUAAAGAAAAUAAAUAUUUCAUAGAUAUAGGAUUGUGGUUAAUGCUAAAAAUAGUACAAAAAGAGCUGGUAUAUUGCAUUUUCAUUGUUUAAUUUAUCACAAUUUUUGUCACACUAUCACUUUUUUCUCAUACUCUAAUUUGAAUUAUCUCUAAAAAUGUGUACUGUUAAUACUAAUAUUUUCAGUAAAGCUAUCACAAACAGCGUUCAUAUUAUUGUUCAAAAAUACUCAAAAGAUUCCUAUCACUAUAUUAUUUAAAAAAUUACUAAAUAUUGUCUCGCUUAUCUCAACCUUUUGAAGUGCCGUCUUAAGUAAUAACAUAAUCAAAUUUAGAUUAUUUCUUAUUUUUACCACCAGAAAGCACUCUAACAAAAUUGAUAAUUAUUUUACACUAAUCAUAACACUUAUUCGUAAUUGAGUUUGCUUAACUAUUGUAAACUGUAAUAAAAAUAUUGUUGUAAAUUGUUAAAUAAGACUGAAAGUAUACAAAAAA